UCGGCGAGCUCUCGUCUCGGGUGCUGACUGCCAGCCGGGUGGCCAGGUCAGAGCCCGGGGCGGCAGACGGGUGACGCUCGUUGACCAGUGGCGGCUUACAGGAGCGGCGGGCCGUGCACUGAGUGUUGCCGGGGACCUGAGUGUCGGCGGAUACCGAGCGGACCGACGCACCGCCGGCAGACAGCGAUAGUGACCAGACCGCGUCACGGAACAGCUGGAGCGGUGCGCACGCUGCGGGUCACCGGGAGAGCAGCCGGCGAGGCGACCAGCGCCAGCGAUCACGCCAGCUGUGAGGCUGUGCGCCUCUCACGAGUGUGGUGAUCUGACGGCCGACCAGCGCGCAGCACGGGCAGCCAGGGCAGCCGCGGGGCGGCCGGGCAUGGAGCGGGCAGUGCAGACCGCAGGCAGGACUGGUCGGCCGGCGGCCCGGCCGGGCUCGCGGCUGGGUUCCGUCACGAGCCUCCGACUGAUGGUGACGCUGCUCGUCCUGGUCAUCGCCGACACAGGCCGGUGUCUCGACCUCACCAAGGUGGAGCUGGAUUCACAAGGCGAGGACCCGUCUGAUGUCGCGCCAGCUGCGCAUGAGAUGGUGGACCAGGCGUGCUCGCCCGACUCAACAAAGUGCAAAUUCACGUGCACGCUGCGUGACCUAGCCGUGACUCCCAUCGACAGCGAUCAGUCCACCUGUCCGGAUGCCGUCAUCACGUGGACGUUCAGCGGCUCGGCCGACUCGGUGGUGCGGCUCCGUCUGGCGCCGGCCGGGUCCGGCACCCGCUUCGGUCCGGGCGAGAGCCUGACGCUGCGAGACGACGGCGGAGAGCUGGCGGCGCUGACGCAGGCCGGCGAGGCCUGGGUGGCGAGCCGCGGUGCCAGCCUCACCGCCGAGUAUCGGCGCGCCGGAGAUCAGGCCCAGCGCGGUCGCGUGAUCAUGACGCUUGUAGCCUACAACACCACCCGUGAGAACAUCACUUUGACUGCUCUGAGCGGCGUAUUGGAGGCCCCUGAACAGGCCAACUGGACUCACCUACCCGACUACGCGCUCAACACGGAGAUCCUCUGGACGCUGGACAUUCACGCCUAUCACAUCAACAUCACUGUGGAGCAGCUGGAUCUGGAGCCGACAGCUAACGACUUUAUCAUAUGCGGCUACGGGAGUGGACCCUGGGACUCCGAGCCCGCUGGUGACCUGCUCACCGGCGUGUUCAGCACCAGGAAGUACCACAUUCCGGGCGGAAAUGCGUUCGUAUACUUCCUGUCGGGGGGCCACGCCGAGCCCCGAACACCGUUCAUCAUCAGCUACGUCGCAGAGGAGAUCGCCGGCUCAACCACCACCGUGUCGAGCACGACGGACAAGAACCACCCGCCGACGCCGAGCGACCGCUCGUUCGACCUGGCCGUGUACGUGACGGGCACCGAGCCGCGCCGCUUCCUCAACAGCUCCACCGGCGCCACCGCGCAGCUGCAGGAGCAGCUCGCCCACUUCACCAACAUGUACCGGAUCGAGUACAACAUCAACACGUGGCGGCCAGUGCACGCCGACGACAUCCGGUUCGAUUUCUGGAGCAUGUGCGACUACUCCUCCGGCUGGGUCAAGCCCGAUCCGACGUGUUUCCGGCUGACGUGGUAUGUGGAGAUCGUCUCGGAAGACGGCGACUGGGUCUUCUUCACGGACGACCUGGUCCAAGUCAUCGUCAAGUUCGGUGAUAAGAUCAACAACGCGCUCAAGUACAAGGUGUCCUUGUACCUGGAGGAAAUCAAUGAAAAGUGGUGGUAUGGUCUAUCAGGCAGGCAAUGUUCAUGA